UUGCACACAAAUUUUGAAUUUUAGAGAGAGAAUCAUGAGAAACAAUCAAGUAAGAUUGAACAAUGGCACCACCAUACCAUUACUUGGUAUGGGAACCUACUCUUUUGAAAAUGAUAGGAAAAUCACUGAGCAUGCUAUCCAAGCUGCCCUAAAGAUGGGAUAUAGGCACUUUGACACAGCGCAAAUUUAUGGCUCGGAGGCUGCGUUAGGGAAUGCACUGAAUGACGCGAUAUCAAAUGGAGUCGUUCGGAGGGAGGAACUUUUCGUUACGUCUAAACUGUGGGGAAGCCAUCACCACGAUCCUGUUUCAGCACUACAAAAAACUCUCAAGUGCAUGGGGAUGGAAUACAUCGACAUGUAUCUCGUGCACUGGCCUGUACGAUUGAAGCCUUGGGUUUGCGAUCCGAUACCUGAAGAGGACGAAUUCGAACCAUUAUGUCUCGAUGUGACAUGGUCCGGCAUGGAGAAAUGCUUGGAGAUGGGCUUAUGUAAGGGUAUUGGCGUUAGCAAUUUCUCUUGCAAAAAACUCCAAAAUUUGUUGGAUUUGGCAUCCGUACCUCCAGCUAUCAAUCAGGUGGAAAUGCAUCCUAUGUGGAGGCAAAGAAAGCUAAGAGAUCUCUGCAGGGACCACAACAUCCACGUCAGCGCAUAUUCUCCAAUAGGAGCCCCGGGAAAUUUUUGGGGAUCAACGGCCGUGAUUGAGAAUCCGUUGAUCAAAUCAAUGGCUCUCAAGCACGGGGCAACUCCGGCUCAGGUCGCACUGAGCUGGGGUUUGUCGAAGGGCGCGAGCAUAAUCGCGAAGAGUUUCAAUCAGGAGAGGUUGAAGGAGAACAAGGGGGCUCUUGAACUCAAGUUGGAAGACGAUGAAAUACUCGAAAUUGACUCGAAAUUGAAGGAGGUGAAGAUCAUGAGAGGGGAUGUUUAUGUUAAUGAUGCAACAAGCCCCUACAAAACAAUUCAAGAAUUGUGGGAUGGUGAGAUUUGAAUAUUGGUAUGCAUUUGCAAAAAUUGAAUUUUCUCUUGUGAUGGAUUGGUGCUAUGAGCACAGGAAUUUAUUGUAAAUGUAUAGAUUUGAAGUGUAGUUAUACUACACAGUAGUGAUGUUCGGUUUGAUGGAUUAGAUAAAAUUUAGUGUAUGAUAUUGUUCAGUUGCAUAAGCAAGGCAUAAUACUUAGUCUUGUCACAUCGGAUUAGCCUCGAUUUGUAA